AUGUCGGAUGACUUUCACGUAGUAACGGAUUGCGAGGAGCAAAAUGUCAGCGCCGGUCUCGGUGCAAGCAGCAACAUUCUCGGAGAGUCUAAUAAAGGGAACAUUGCUCCAAACUCCAGCGCUGGCGGUGCUGGCGACGAUGCCGCGGGGAAGCCAGCGCGUAGCGCGCGGUUCUCAGAGAAAGUCGUCGAGGCGCGGACGCGCGAGUUAAUCGACGUGUUGGACAGCCUGCGCACCGCGGGAGAGGCGAAUCUCGAGUCGCUCGCGCUGAGCAACGAGUGUAUCCGGGAAGACGGCGUAGAUUGCGGCGACGACCGACAAUGGCGGUUGAAGGAGGAGGGAAAGGAGCAUCGAGUGUUGUACCGCAAGGGCCCCGAGGGCACGCCGCUGCACGAGAUCUGCCUCGAAGGCAUCAUCCAUGGCCCUCUUGACACCUUGCUGGCAGUGGUGUGGGAGGUCCCGUUCUUCAAAGACUGGUGGCCUCAGUUCAGCGUGCCGCCCUUCAAGGUGCUAGAGUCCAAAUUCGCCCACCGCAUCACUCCGGGCCUAGAACUCAGCUACCUCCAGUUCAAGUCGCCAUGGCCUUUUGCCACGCGAGAGCUGCUCUUUUUUGCCUUCAUGGUUCAGGACACUGCCACAGGCCUCUUUGUGGCCUCCGUGCUCUCGCCACCCGACGACAUAUCACACAUGGACCCCGAAACAGCAGCCCUGCACCCAUCCGCUAUCCCCUCUAUAGCUCCAGGCUGUGUGCGCAUGAGCGUGGGCGGCGGUUUUGCAGGCCAGGCCCUGGGGAGGGGGCGCAGCUACUUGCGAAGCAUGCCCUCGCCCCGUGUGUGUGUGCUUUGUCAGGGGCAAAUCCGGAAUGUAAUGAGGGAGGGCAUGACCUGGGGGGCGGCCGCUGCUACUUCCGGUGAGCUCUUGAGCGGUGCAUGCACGCUGGAUAUGAAGUUCGAUCUCAUGCCCCCCUGGCUCAUCAAUUUCGUUGCCAGGCAGCUAGCCGGCUCUGGUUACCACCAACGACCCCUUCACGCCUUCCUGUCUCUGCCCCACUCUCUUCCUGUCUCUGCCCCAUCAUCUCCCCUCCUCUCCUCCCCCAACAGCGGUGCAUGCACACUGGAUAUGAAAUUCGAUCUCAUGCCUCCGUGGCUCAUCAAUUUCGUUGCCCGGCAGCUAGCCGGCGCUGGUUACCACCUGCUCUGUCACGAGGUAGACACAAUCGUUAAAGCCACCGCUGCUGCUGCUGCUAGUGAAAAAUGCGACAAGAAAUGUGACAAGAAGAAUGGGCGCGGGGCGUUUCAGCAGCUUCUGGCCUCCGAUCCGGUCUAUGUGGGUCUGAGGAAAGCGAUGGAGGAAUACAGAAGGGGUAAGGCGGAGGAAGAGGAAAGGAGGAGGAGGGAAGGGAGUGAGGAGGAGGGUAGGUCGUUGAGGGAGUUGGGGGAGAAGGUGGAGGAGGAGGUGGAGCGGCUUGUUUCGUCUUUAUCUAAGAGGGAGAGUGUGCUCGGGCCUGAGGAGGCAGAGAAGGCUCUGCUACAGCUGGAGGCGGCUGCUGCUUCGGCUGUAGCGCUGACUCGACCUUCCGUCGAGCCUCUUGGUUCGCAGGCUAAGGACAGGUCCGGAAGCAGGGCCGCUUCCAAGUAUCCGAACCGUCACUGGCAGCACCAGCAGCGGCAGCUACGGUGUCAUUAA